GGGGGGGCUGAGUCAGCGUCGUGCCCGGGAGGUGCUCUUCCUUCACCCCGGGCCCUCACGCCUCUCCCCACCUCCUUUCCCUCUUUCCCUCCGCCUCCUCUGUUGCCCGCCUGCUUAGGGAAGGCAGCGCAGCUUGCGCGCCGCGACGGCGCCACCUCCGAGGCGGCGCGCAAACAUGGAGGAAGAGGCUGCUGCUGCUGCUGCAGGAGCAGCAGGACCGGGCAACGGAAGCUGAGGAGAAUACACGGUCCUACUGCUGUUUGCAGCUGCGGAGGCAAUAAUAUAUCUAUCUAUCUAUCUAUAUAUAUAUCAAAGCGGGGAGCGGGGGGGGGGGCAGCAAGCAAAGAAGGCGAUGCAGCUGCAGCCCGGGCUGCGCGUCUGCGUCGCCUGCUGAGGGGAGACGCUUUCCCCGGCUCGCGCUGCUGCUGCACCAGCAGGGCCUGGUGGCGGGUCUGUGGGAGGAGCGGAGCUGUAGGCGGGCAAUGCAUGAGAGGAACGCGGCGGCGGGUGGCUGAGCGACUCAGGCCCCGGGGGGGGGGGGAGCCUUCUUUCCCUUUGGGGAGGAGAAGAGGGCGGCGGUGGAGACGGCGCGCCCGGCCGGCCGGCCGCUUGCUUGCAGCAGUAGCCCCAGCUGGGCUGCAAAAGGGUGGGCACCGGCUUUUGCAGGGAAGGACGCAUCUUCCACCACAGGAGCCCCGGCCCUUGGCCCUCUUCCCCGGGAGGGAGCGAAGGACUCUGCCCCACCCCGAGAGGGGCUGGCUGUUUCGACGAGCAGCCCCGGGCCCUUCUCCCCCGCCUCCUCCGGAGUAAGUACCUGGCUUUUCAAGCCGCGUUUGUUAACAGGGGGGCGGGUCUGUUUGUUUUCAACCAGGGUAUGGGCAGCUGUCAGAGCGGUGGUCCAUUGAGCUGUAUAGGAUUUCAGGAAGGGGACAUUCCCAGGCUCCCAGUCUUAUCUGGAAACGCCAGGGAUUGAACCUUGCAAAGCAUCCCUGAGCCACAGCCUCCUAGGUGUAGUGAGACCCUAGUCAGUGUUUUCACAAAAUCCCCCACAGGAAGGUACUUUUGAUUAGGUGUCUUUAAUCCGUAUAUACGGUCUAAAAUUGUGAGGUGGAAGAUGUAUUUUCCUGUAUGUGAAGAAGGAUUCCUCCCCCCUCCAACUUGGUUGACUGGGCAAGAGAACAGCGGGUGGAUUCCUUGGAGGUGAGGGACGACGAUUUCAGGAAAGAGAUCUUGAUGUCUUGGUGGAAGGUGCACUGCGUUUGGCUCCCCAGUUUGCUGCAGUAGUAUGUAUAAAUAAAUAAAUAAAUAAAUGAUUCAGGGAAUUGUUAGGAAGGGGGUUGGAAAUAAAACUGUUAGCGCCGUAUUGUCAUUUUCUCUAAAUAUGCCAUGUUUAGCACAGCCACUGUGAGCAAUUUUGUCAACCCGACUGAAAAGAGCAAUGAGUACAGUGGUACCUCGGCUUACAUACACUUCAGGUUACAUACGCUUCAGGUUACAGACUCCGCUAACCCAGAAAUAGUACCUCGGGUUAAGAACUUUGCUUCAGGAUGAGAACAGAAAUCGUGCUCCGGCGGCACGGUGGCAGCAGGAGGCCCCAUUAACUAAAGUGGUGCUUCAGGUUAAGAACAGUUUCAGGUUAAGAACGGACCUCCGGAACGAAUUAAGUACUUAACCCAAGGUACCACUGUAGCUGAAUCCUAUAGAAAGGUCACAUGGUUUUUCAGUGGGCAUCCUGCCUCGUAAGUAUGUUUAGGACUGUCAUUUGAAAUGGUCAGCGGGCUAGAGGAGGGUUAUCUUUCUUAAGGAGGCAAAACAAACGUUAAGGCAUGAGCGGCGUGUGCAGAGUAUCUAGGUGGACAUUUUCCUCUUCUACGGUUCUGGAACUUGGCGCCUCAUCCAAUGAAAUGGACCGGCAGUCAGUUUAAAGUAGUUGAAUGGAAGCAUCUUGACAUAAUGCAUGAUAAGACACAGAAAUUAAUUGGAUGCAGUGGUGAGCCAUGUGUAGGUGCCAGACUGCUACCUUUCAGGAGCAGGUAACCCCUAGCAUCAAUUGUACAAGUGAUAUCUAAACUGGCCUAAAGGCCCUUCACCUCCUGUUAAGAACUUUUGGCUAGGGAGUUUUUGAGCAGGAUUUCAUCUGAUGAGAUGGGGAUUGUAGCAGUAAGGAUCAAGGUUCUUUCAGCCAUGUGCCCAAGCGCUUGACAUGAACUCCUGGAGAAGGUAAAAGAACACACCUCUCAGUUGUUUUUCAGAAAGAAACCUAAAGGCCAUUUGCUAAUCCAGGCUUGGAGACGGUGCAAACCUAUGCACCUUUACUCAGAAGUAAGUCCCAUUUACCGUUCAGUGGGGUUUACUCCCCAGAUAAAUGUGCACAGGACCAUAGCUUUGGAAAACUAAGACAAGGCUGCAGUACAAUUUAAUUAUUUUAUGACAUUUGUUUACCCUUUGCUUGCAUUUCACUUACAGAGAGGUAGAAUAUGACCAUCUUGAACAAACAAAUAGCAUUUAUGAGAGCUCAGAAAUGUGAUCUGCCUAGUUUUAUACAGGUUGUUAUCUUUAUAGGUUUGCUUUUUUAAUGUAUAAAAUGAAGAGAUAGCAGCUGCUCUUAACCUUAGUUUAUUCUCAGCCUGGGUCUCGAAGGUGAGCAACGAGUACCUGCCAGGGAAGGUGUUAGAAUAGGUUUGAAGCUGAAAUUCACUAUGUAUAGGGAAGGAAUUUUGGAGCAGAGAGGCCAAUUAAAAAAUGAAGUUUGAGAGCUGGUUAUCAGGGGUGCUAGGUCUCAUGUUGAUGAGAAGCAAACAUCUGCCUGUGGUUUUUUGUUUGACUGCCACCUGCUUAAAAGGCAAUCUGGAGUCCAGAUGUAGCGAUUACCAUCUAAAAUAUUCAACAAAGUCAUAGAAGAAAGAUAAACUGGUGUCUGCUAUCUAUCAACAACCUUCCAUGUUAAGGGACCUGUCAGUGCCAGGUGUUUGAGACAAAUAAGAGCAGGAAUGCGGAACCUAUGAAUAUCCAGAUGUUGAGCUACGGCUUCUAUCAUCCCUGACAAUUGGUCAUGCCUGGUGGGGCUGAUGGAGGGCUUGGGAAUGGUUUUUACCCUUGUGUGCUGCUUGUAAUGGAUACAUCUCCCAAUGAAAUCAGUGGCAAUUACUUCCGGGUAAGUGAGGUUAAGAUUGCUGCCAAAGUGUGCAAUCCUAUAAUGCUAUAGGAGUAAGACCCAGUGCCCUGUAAACAAAGCAACCUCCUUGAAUAUAUUAGGAAGAUGUCAAACCACAGAGAGGUGAGCACUGAGGAUUCAGUGGAAUAGAGUGAAAUAAAAAAUGCUAUUUGCAAUAACUAGGAUUUCUGAAUGUUUUAUUUAGAUGUUUGUGUAUGUAGAAAGAACUUGCUGAGUUCACACUAUGAUCUCUUCACCAUAGACCCACAACUUCAGUUCUCUACUUGGUCUACAACACCAAUUAAUGGGAACACAUUUAGUGGAGAUUUCCAUAUCAAUUUGUGCAAAUUGCAUUAAAUUGGUAUGCAUCUUAUACCAAUUGUAGAAUUGAAAAAAAUUGGACAUAUGGUGCAGAUUUUAAGCUGGGCGGGGGAAGCCUUAAACACCUACUUUUGCAGAAUGCAGUAGUGCAGUUUUAUAGCUACACUCUGUUUCCUUACUUACCGGUAACCUUGCCCAUUUGUAUGACUUCUUAAUAGUUUUAUGAGCAUGAUUAUAUUAUAAAAUGCAACUUGCAGUCUACAAGUGUAGCUUUCAUAGAUGUCAUAUAACUUCCUUACAAUCUGACAAUUGUUACAGUGUGCAAAGGGUGAAAUCUCACAUAUAUAUGACUUUUUAAAUUCAUGUUCUUGGCUACUAUUGCAGGCUUCUGCCACUCCCCCCCCUCCGAUUGUUGAGAAUUCAACUUCAUUUUUGCCUUAGCUUAUUCUCUGCUACAGAAUCCCAAAACUAGGUUAUCUGCUGCUGUUUUUGUGAGAUGGCCUUUGUAUCCUGUGUUUUGAGUGGGUUGGGGAUUCCCAUUUUCAUAUUUCACUUAGUAAUUAGGGAUGCAGUGGACUAGACAAGUGUCAGAUUUCAACUUUUCAUCUGAGGUUGAUGCAUCUAAAUCCUUUAGGAUCCCUUUAUCAUUUAAUGAGUCAGGAGCAAUCCACACUUAUCUGUAGCAGCUGCUUUCUCAAAGUGUGAUGCUGGGCUGCUUUGGGAUUGUGAGUACUGGCAGAAAGAAAGAGUUCUUCCUUGCACUAGCUUAGUUUGAUGGGAAGGAACCAUGAGCCAUGCUUACUAAGGGUCAGACUGCUAAAAGGCCUUGUUGACAUGUUAACGCUGAGCCGGAGAGAACAGUCAAAUGUGCAGAACCCUGGAAUGAAAAUCAUGGCUGCUUCUUUCUUUCAUCAGCCCUGCUGUUACCGUGCCACAUAAAGCUAAGCCGUGGUUUGUUUCAGCACUACGUGCAAACCAUAGCUGUCAACUUACAGAUUUGAAAAUAAGGGACUAGCAGCCAAAAUAAGGGACCUGCAGCCUCACCUGUUCCAGGCACUCCAGUCUUCCUGUCCUCCUGCAGUCUGGUCAAACUCAUGCUGGUAGCUUCGAGAACACUGUCUAACCAACUUUGUAACCAGAGGUUCAACUGAAGAGAAUCUGAAUCACAUGCACCACAAGGCCUAUGCAGCCUCAACUUAAGAUGGCUCCCCGGCCUGGCUUUGCACUGCAAAGUUUGCAACAGCACGUGCAACAAAAUGGCAUCCAGCAUUCAAAAAACUCCUCAGCUUGCAUUAACUAGCCACACACAAGGCAUGCAAGCUCCACCCCCCUGUCGUUCUUAGACUUCUUAUUGGGUGAGCAACACAGCCAAGCAACACAGUUGGAGCCUCCCUGGCCGGCAGGGAGAGAGGGAGAGGAGCUGCUUCCUUUAAAAUUUAAGGGACAUCAUUUAAGGGACAUUUAAGGGACAUCCAUCAAUAAGGGACAGCAGCGGGACAUGGCGCUGGAAUAAGGGACUGUCCCUUCAAAUAAGGGACACUUGACAGCUUUGGUGCAAACCCAGGCUCAUGGUUUGUCUCAUGCAAACCACGAGCAAGACUUUUCCCUCUUGUACACUCACAGCUGUUAUUUAUUAAUUAAAUUUAUAUACUGCCCUUCAUCCAAGGAUCACAGGGCAGUUUACAGUAUAAAAACACAAAAAUGCCGAACAGUACCCCCCCCAAAAAAACCAUGUGGCUCCCAUAAAUUUGCCUAUGAGGGAAUUUGCCUCCUUCAUAGGCUGAAAAAGUUACCCAACUCGGAGUUAGACCCAGAGUUUCUUCAGUGUGGUAUAAUGAUUAGAGUUUUGAACUAGGACUUGGGGGACAGCAGUUCAUGUCCCCACUCAGUUAUGAAGCUCACUGGGUGACUUUGGGCCAAUCACUUUCCCUGUCUGGCCUACCUCACAGAGUUGUUGUGAAGAUGAAAUGGAGAGGAGAACCUAGGUAUCAUGGUGAUAUCAUGGUGCCCAACCAAGUGUAUUUUUAUAAUUGCAGAUGCUGAAAAGUUUAAGUGGGUCAAAUAUUUCUCUCCUUAUGAUUCCACAAUCCUAUAAGAAUGAGCUCAGGGGAAAGAAAGCAGUCUGUCUCGCUGGACCCUGUUACUUUAAAGAAAAUAUUGCAUGAAGAGAGAUGUGUAAUCUAGGUCAUGGUUUAAUGUAUUUUUUGAGACCCAGCAAAUAAAAGCAAUAUGUUCGUUUCUGGGUUCCUUACUCUUGUCUGCAUUCAGAUCAUUCUAUUGAGCGUAGCAGGAAGUAAAAGUAAACUUGGCCAGAAAUUUAAUGAAAGACAUCAGGAUUCCUGUCUUAAACUAGCAAGAGUUGAAGGCAGCUCCAUACGUCACACAGCUGAUGCACGUGUGUACAGAUUUUACACUGGUGUUUCUUCCAGCACACACUUGAUAUGUGGAGGGAUAUGUCUGUGUACAUCUGGCUCUGGCCCAGAGUCACCAGAUGUGCGUACUUGGGGUUUAAAUACAUGUGCAUGCAUGCAUAUACGUAUAUUCUACAGUGCAGAACUGGUGUAGCUGCAGCAUGCUUUUAGAACUUCUUAAACGUGUUCAGUUGCGGCAGCAUUGAGAACAAUGAAUUGCUUUGUAGGCUCAGUACAAUUCCGAAGAUUUUUAUUUUUUUUUAAAUUACAUAAAAUCCACUUUCUGUGGUGUAGAUAUAUUUAGUAGAACUUCUGUGAAUGGUUUGUUUUGUUAGAAUUUUAUGUAUGCAGGGGACGCAAUUGUUUGUUCUGUCUUAGACUGGCACCAAUUUAAGACUGGCAAGAGCAUUUCAGAAGCUUGAAAGAGAACUCGGGUCCAGACUUCUGUGACGCUGUCUUGUUCAUGGCUUCCGCAAAUGUGCUCAAGCGUGAUUCUUAAAAGCUUGUACAAAAAGUGCUGUGGCAUCUUGGAGAAUAACUGGCUUAUUGUGGCACGGCUGAGCUUUCAUAGGCUACUGCCCACUUCAUCAGAUGUUUAAGGCAGCUUUUACAGGCCUUUGCGUAUAAGGGGGAAAGACUUGCACAGCUGAAUCAAAUGUUACAAAAAUACACAGUAUUCACAACAAACAGGUUAAUCUCCAUCUUCGUUCCAUUUGUCCUCUUGGUACUGCAGAUUAGCACGGUUCCUCUACUAAACUUUUAUUUUACACUGACAAAUCUAUCCAUUCUGAACAAGGGUACAUUCCUUUAAAAAGUCUGCAAGCUCAUUUUUAAAAAAAAAAAACACCACAGAGUAUAGUCCAUUUAAUAUUUACCCUAUGUAAUCUACUGAAAUGAUUUUGAGACUCGUUGCUUAAUUGCUCCAAAAUCCACAAUUGUGCAGCCUUUAUUAGGAACAACCAAAAUGUCAGAAAUAGUGACAAGUCUUGUAUCGGGACAGCAAAAGCUUUAUAUACCCGAAUACUCGUGUUCUCUUUGAUUUGUGUGCACAAUACAAUUUUGCCAAGCCAUAUUUGUCAUAUUUCCUUUGGUCCUCUAGACACCUUCAUAACAUGGGUUAACCUUCCCAGGUGGGCAAUUUGCCACACCUGCCUGUACCUCCUGUUUAAAGAAAUUCCUUCCAUUGUUUCCCAGGCCGAGGCCAUGUCUGCACACGCAACCAGUGAAAAGUGGCUGAUCCAUUCUUUGCACUUUAUACUUCAGGCUGCAUCAACUGAAGUCAAUAAUGUUAACUGGGGUAACUUGGUAAUAGUUUUCAGGUUGGCCUUAGUUUCUCGAAACAAUAGGGAACAAACCUUGUGGGUUUCUUGGCUUGUGGUUUGCUGCUUCUGGUGAGGCGUGGCAUUGAGCAGUGGGGAAUUCUGAGCAGUUCGCAGCAGCAUGCUAUUGGUUCAUGUGAAACUAUAGUUAAACAUUUAACUAUGGUUUAAUGAUGUGCAGACUGGGCUACUGUCUUUUACAGUUCCAUCCAUUUCUGCAUAGUUUUCUUGUUAUUUUAAUGCAUGGGUGGCUAACAUUUUCCAACCCUACGGCCACAUUGACAACUACCCCUCUGAGGACCGUACGCCAACAACGGAUGUGGACCAUGCGUGUACGCCCACAUGCAUGCACGCUCACUACACAUGUACAUAGCCCACAUGCGGCGCACACAGAGUCACCGCACAUACACUGUCGAACAACGUGCAAGCAAGCAUUUAAAUAUAACACUCUUGCACACAGGCACACACACAAUUACAGUCAGCAUUCCCACUCCAACAGUGGGGUGUCUCAAAAUGCUGCCUUUUGCUUUGCACAGAUAAUUUGCUGAUGGUACAUAGAAAAAGACCCUUCUGGCUGCUCUUUAGAAAUCCUUGCUCAAUGGCAGCUGGAGGAAUCUCUUUAUCUCCUGAUUUGGUAGAUAAAGUGCUCUCUCUGCUCUUCAGAGAUCUCCAUCUACAGAACAGACAAAGAGUUUUAGCGUUCGAUCAGAAGAGAAAGCUGCCCGGAGUCCGCAGGCCACUUCCUAUAGCUUGGAGGUCUGCAUCCGCCAGCCACCUCUCUUAAUUUCAACAUUUCACCUUUAGUGUGUAUGUAUUUGUACCGGAAUUAGCAUGUGGGAGGCAAUCUCUUUUUGAAGAUAGCUGUGUAAAAUAAUGAAUUCUAGUAAUUCUAUAGCUGAGGGUAGUUCAAGGGCUGUACUGUUAAUCCUCUUACUGGAAUAGACUGCAAUGGAAGGAGAUGCUUCUUUAGUUAUAGAAGAGGCUGCUUCUCAGAAAAUAAAAAAGUACAUGUGAAAAUUGAUACUUUCAUGCUUGCUUGUUUACGAUGCAUUUUAUAUGUGUUUUUUUUUAUAGCUGCUUUGGAUCUGUUACAGAUAGACAGGCAACAUAGAAACUCAUAAGAACAUUUUAUUUUUUAUUUUUGUUUUGUUUUGGAAGAGCAGCAGGAACCAACGGACGAUAUAUGGAUCAUAUCUGAAACAUCAUGCACCGCCAGUGGCUGCUGUUAGCUGCAUGCUUUUGGGUUGUAUUCAUGUUCAUGGUUGCUAGCAAGUUCAUCACGUUGACCUUCAAAAAUCCUGAUGGUAAGUUCAGAUAUCUUUUUUUUUUUACUGAUGCUCAUUCUGGACCAAAAAAAAACUGGCAGUGUUAACAUCCGAAGAAUUAUUUUUAUAUACUGCUGCUGCUGCUCGUCUUUUCUACAAACAUUACAGAAUGCAUAGUAUAAAUAAUUAGUAAAUGAAAAUGCUUUCCCUUUAACAAUGUGCUUACCCACUUCUAAAUCACAUGUUGGAAAAAUUACCUGAAUUACGCUUGUUGAAGCUGCAUAUUUUUCCAUGACUUGCUUUCCUUAAGAUAAACGAAUCAAAUAUGCUGUGCAGCAAUGGAGGUUUGUGCAGCUUAGAAAAAGUUGAGAGAAAUAAUACAAAUCUCCCGAAUUUCCAUUCCUUUCCCCCUGCCUGCUUUUUUUAUUGUGUUUGUUGAUUUUAGAACAAGUAACAGCUUGUCUACAUGAAAGAUAGGUAUAAAGCAGUAUACAUCUUCAAUGUAACUGUAUAUCUGCAAAAAGAAAGAACCAAUAUAUACCGUAUUUUUCGCACCAUAACACUCACUUUUUUCCUCCUAGAAAGUAAGAGGAAAUGUCUGUGCGUGUUAUGGAGCGAAUGCCUACGGAUGGCGGGGGGAUCUGCUGCAGUCGUGAGCAGAGGAUCCAUGGUUCCCCUUCCUUCCCUCCUCCGUGGCUCGCUUUGAAACAGCAAAGUGGGAGAAGAGCCGCUGAGUGGGGAGGAGAGAGAGACAGAGAGCCUGCUUGCUUUAAAGGAGCAAAGUGGGAGAGGAGAGGAGAGGAGCCGCUUACAUGAGUGUAAGCGGCUCCUGUCCAGUUGGCUCAUUUAAAGCAAGCAGGCUCUCUGUCCCUCUCUCCUCCCCACUCGCUAAAUAACAGCAACGUUUUUUCAAGCAGGCUCUCUGUCUCUCUCUCUCCUCCCCACUCGCUAAAUAGCAGCAACAUUUUUUCAAGCAGGCUCUCUGUCUCUCUCUCCUCCCCACUCGCUAAAUAGCAGCAACAUUUUUUCAAGCAGGCUCUCUGUCUCUCUCUCCUCCCCACUCCUCUUAUAAGAGCCUUCUCCUUUUAUACCCCUCUUCUGCAUUAUUAACAGCAUCCUUCUCCACCCACCCCACGCGUGUUCCUUGUCUCUUGAGUGCUUUUCCUUCCCUCCCCACUUAAAACAUGGUUACAAAGCACGGUUCCACACGGAUCCUCAGGAGUUUUGCACUGGGUCACCCCAAAUUCACCAUCAGAUCACAUAGCAUGUCCAUGGCUACAGCUUGCACCAAAAAAAUCACGCACCCACUGUUGCCUGGGGCCGCAGUGGUGCAAAAACGUGGUUACAAAGCACGGAUCCACAUGGAUCCUCAGGAUUUUUGCACUGGGUCACCCCAAAUUCACCAUCAGAUCACAUAGCAUGUCCAUGGCUACAGCUUGCACCAAAAAAAUCAUGCACCCACUGUUGCCUGGGGCCGCAGUGGUGCAAAAACGUGGUUACAAAGCACGGAUCCACAUGGAUCCUCAGGAUUUUUGCACUGGGUCACCCCAAAUUCAUCAUCAGAUCACAUAGCAUGUCCAUGGCUACAGCUUGCACCAAAAAAAUCAUGCACCCACUGUUGCCUGGGGCCGCAGUGGUGCAAAAACGUGGUUACAAAGCACGGAUCCACAUGGAUCCUCAGGAUUUUUGCAUUGGGCUACCCCAAACUCACCGUCAGAUCACAUGUCUGUGGCCACAGCAUGAACCACAAAAAUCAUACAUCCACUGUUUCAUUUAGAAUUUUUUUUUCUUGUUUUCCUCCUCUAAAAACUAUGUGCGUGUUAUGGUUGGGAGCGUGUUAUAGAGCGAAAAAUACGGCACCUUUAGAAAUUGCCAUAUCUAAAAAAAGUUGUCAUUUGGCAAGUUGCUACAGAAUGAACACUUCGACUCUUCCUUGCUCCCAUUUGCUAACACUGGGCCAUGUGAUCUUGGGUUGAAGGUUCCAGGUGGUGAGAAGUGGACCACUUUUUUCUGAUAUAAUAAAAAUAAAAAUAAAUAAUUGUAUGCUGCCCAUCUGACUGGGUUUCCCCAGCCACUCUGGGCAGCUUCCAAUAAAUUAAAACACAGUAAGACAUGAAACAAUACGUGUGAUAAUGAGAGUUAGAUGCAAAAGAUUUUGUGUGCAACAUGAAAAUUUAUAUGGAAAAGUACAAAUAGUGUCGUUCUCUACUACGUACAGCAUUUACAUGUUAAUCCCGAGUAGUGAUUUAAAUGCUUGGUUUUCAGGGGCAUGUUUGCAAGUUAUUUUUUUGUGCUUUAUCCCAAAUUGGCCCUGGAUUGCUUCUUAUUGAUUUCUGUCCUCGGCUGCUUAGUUGAAAAAUAACAGCUAGUCUUUUGCUUAUCUUAAGUAGCCCAGAUGGUAUUAAACUGUUAAUGAGUUUAAAUCCAUUUGAUGGCACUGUCUUGUUGUUCUCUCUCUCUCUCUCUCUCUCUGAUAAGGUCUUUAGGCAGAAGUCUUCCAUUGGCAGGGGACAUAGUGCUUUUUGUGUGUGGAUAUGUCAUGGUGGCAAUUUCUGCAUUUUCCCAUAAUAAGCCAUUUAGUGGUGAUCAAAUUGAUAAAGGAAGUAUUAUGUACUGCAGUCAAAUUUUAGUUGGCUGAAAGAGGAAGAUUAGUGCCAGCAAACUAUUAGACUCCUUGCAUGACUUAUCUGCAUACACUUCAGUCAUCUUCACUUAAGAUAGAAUUAUUGUUGAGGGGAGCUACACAUUUUCCAUACACUCAACACACAGUGUUCACUUCCAUUCAGUUUUUAAGGUAGUUAGUGAAAAAUGACAUACAAAUGCAAACAGAGACCUGUGGGCAUACAAAUUUAAUAAAUAAUAAUAAUAACCUACAAUGCAUUUGUUUCAACAGGGUCUUACUCUGAGGUUUGGCUGUUUCCACAAACUUUCUUUUUCCUCCUGGUUUUAAUGCAUCUCUGUGGGGUUUUUUUUUUUUUUGUCUGUUUUGUCUGUAAGUCACGUUGGGUUGACUUGGGCAAGAUAAAGUGACAAACAAAUUUUAAAAAUAAAAAAAAUAAAUCUACAGCAGAAGUUCCUAGUCAUCUAUCUAUCUAUCUAUCAUCUAUCUAUAUCUAUCUAUAUCUAUCUAUAUCUAUCUAUAUCUAUCUAUCUAUCUAUACACACACACAUAUAUAAAUACAUAUACACACAAGUAAACAAAGCUAAAAUAAUUUAAUUCUAUCAAAUAUGGCUCAAGGCAAAAUGGCAUAUUAUACAGUAAAGAUGGAAGUAGCCAUUUCCUUCUGAAUAUUCAUGGUGAUGAAUGCACAGACUCAUGCAAUGACUUCAGACAUGAUGGUUGUAUGGCAUGUGAAGUAUUAACCCUUACCCUAAGUAGAUUCAUGAACAGGGUUCUCAGACCAUAGCUGGGCUUGGUAGUCAGCUAUUAUCUCUUCUAGACAUGGAAUAUGCCAAAAGUGUUUUAGAGCGCAUGCAGAGUACCUCUCUUAUUGAGCAAGUGCAGCUGCCCACCCUCAAAGCAUGUGAUAAAUGAUACCAGAAAUUGGUAAUAAUAUAUAUGUAUGCUUUUCUUUCUAUUAUUCUGUUUUCUUGUUACCUAGUGUAUGGUGUCAAGCAAGAGCCGUUAACAUUGACAGCUAUAACUAAAGUAGAGAAAAUUCAAGUGACAAAAUCGAAAAGGUUUCCUGGAGAGAUUCAGGUAUGUGCUGCUAACCCAGAGUAAAAGUUGUAUUCUACCAAAAUAAGCUUGGUUGGUAGGAAGCUUGAGGCAUUUGUAGAAUUCCCCUCAGAGAUGCUAGACUAACCCCAUCCCUGAGGGAUAUGAGCUGAACAAUACAAUACACAAAUGCACAAACAUCCUAUAUUUUUAAUUGUUCUUAAUAUGCUUAAAAAGCAGAGACAUCACCUUACCAACAAAGGUCCGCAUAGUUAAAGCCAUGGUUUUCCCAGUAGUGAUGUAUGAAAGUGAGAGCUGGACCAUAAAGAAGGCUGAACGCCAAAGAAUUGAUGCUUUUGAAUUAUGGUGCUGGAGGAGACUCUUGAGAGUCCCAUGGACUGCAAGAAGAUCAAACCUCUCCAUUCUGAAGGAAAUCAGCCCUGAGUGCUCACUGGAAGGACAGAUCGUGAAGCUGAGGCUCCAAUACUUUGGCCACCUCAUGAGAAGAGAAGACUCCCUGGAAAAGACCCUGAUGCUGGGAAAGAUGGAGGGCACAAGGAGAAGGGGACGACAGAGGACGAGAUGGUUGGACAGUGUUCUCGAAGCUACAAACAUGAGUCUGACCAAACUGCGGGAGGCAGUGGAAGACAGGAGUGCCUGGCGUGCUCUGGUCCAUGGGGUCACAAAGAGUCGGACAUGACUAAACGACUAAACAACAACAAAUAUGGAAUUGAAAGCCAUCACCACAACUUGUUGUAGUGAAUUCUGUAUAUCAGUCACACAUUGUCUGAAAAAGAACUUUGUAUUUUCUGUGCCAGGUAUAUGACUUACUUUAUUUUAUUUUAAUACAAUCCCAAUAUCCUUCUUGUCUAUAUGGUACUGCAGAGAAGCUAUAAGGUUUACUGCUUUUCAGCACAACCUGUAGCAGCUUGUUUGCUGGAUUCUAAAACCUAAACAGCUUUAUCUUACAAAGGAUUAAUCAUUAGGCCUGUUCCAACCUUUCUCUUUAUUCUGGUAGGAAUAUUUAGGGCAGAAUAUAUAUCCUAAAUAUUCUUAAUUUCCUCCCGCAUCCAUGGAAUGGAAAUUUAGCCCAAUGUAACCAUAGGCAAGUAUACACUAACUAUUAUAAUUCUGAAAUCCAUUGUGCAAUUAUAUUGUGGAAAUAAUGUGCAUAAAUUCAAGGAAGACGAGAAGGUGGGAUAAUUUUUCUAUAAAAAGUUGUGUUCCAGUGCUUAGUGCGUCAUAAUUUCAGCAUGGGGGCAGGCAGUGGUAGAAGGCUUUUCCCACCACUGCAGUAUGUAUAUAGCCUGGCAACCAACACAUGGAAAGGUAUUGAUUUGUUCUUCUGAUGAAGGCAAACUGGAAAGUGUGCUGCGUGUUUAGUGGAAAUCCUGUACUUAGGGCCAAGACUGAGUUUUCACAGAGGUUUGCAUAAUCACAGUCACUGAGAAAAUAAUAAUAAUAAUAAUAAUAAAAUGAGCAACUUCAGCAUUUUAUAAUAAUAAAAUGAGCAACUUCAGGUCUGCAAAUUGUGUCACACCCACCCACCCACCCAGUAGAAGCAUAGGAUGCCACAAAUGGGUGUUCUGCCCGAGACCAGUCCAGAGUAAUUGUGCUGUAUAUGCCUAAUUUCAUGUUCCUUUAAAAUGUGAACUGGAAAAUAAAAUUCUUCCUUAUGCUCUCCUUUCCCCCUCCCCUCCCCCUCCCUCCUCUUCUCCCAUUUUAUACCAAGACAAUAGGUAGAGGUCUAUCUGAAGACAUUAUACAUCAACCUUUGGUCCAUAUGGAAAGGCUUGAGCUACUCAGGAACGUGUGCCAAGAUGCAUCGCUAAAAAACCUCACUCACACUACUGUUUCAAAAUUCGUUUUGGAUCGGAUAUUUGUAUGUGACAAGCACAAGAUCCUCUUCUGUCAAACUCCAAAAGUUGGCAAUACUCAGUGGAAGAAAGUCUUGAUUGUUUUAAAUGGUAUCUGUUUACUUCUUAAAGCUUCUGACGUGUGUGCUUGGUUGGCUAGAGAAAAAAAUUAACUAGCAUAGUAUAAAAAUAGGUUGUUUCUGUCCACUGAAUUAUUUAUUUUUUAUUCCAGCAUUUCACUCCCUCUUCUUUUAUAUUCUGUUUUUUAAACACUUCAUUCAAAAAUAAAAAUCCUGAUAUCUUCCGAUACUCACCUUUGCGCCACCAAAGUUUUAACUAAAGUUUACUGCAAUGUUACAUUAGCAUUUCAGUUUGACUUCAUUUCAUUUCAAAGAUCUAUAGUCCAUAGGCAUUCCCAUCUUAGAAUAAAGUUAUAGUUAUAGAGCUAAUACCAUACUUUUCCAUGUAUAAGACUAGUUUUUUUACUCAAAAAUAAUGUUAAAAAACGGGGCUCGUCUUAUACAUGGGCAGUGUAUUGUGGGGCCGGGUGACUGGUUGCAGCCGCGAGCUACAGCUUAUCAGCAGCGAUUUGGUGGGUGAUUGUUUGCUGUGGCAAGGGCUGUCAUGGAUUGGCUGUUGCUGUGGCAACUGGGCAUUCGAUUGCUGGCUGCUGUAGACAAGCGGGCAGACGCUUGUGUGGUGCAGUGGUUAAGAGCGGUAGACUCGUAAUCUGGUGAACUGGGUUCGCAUCUCUGCUCCUCCACAUGCAACUGCUGGGUGACCUUGGGCUAGUCACACUUCUCUGAAGUCUCUCAGCCUCACUCACCUCACAGAGUGUUUGUUGUGGGGGAGGAAGGAAAAGGAGAUUGUGAGCCGCUUUGAGACUCCUUAGGGUAGUGAUAAAGCGAGAUAUCAAAUCCAAACUCCUCCUCUACUUUUGCGACGUGAUCUUUUAUGAGCGUUUGCAUUCGGAUUAGUGAAUUUCUGCAUUCCUCCCCCCACAAAAGCUCUACAACUCUGGGCAUCCCCCCCCCAUUUUCUUAAAUUGAGUCCCCCAAAAUAGGGGGCGUCUUAUACACAGAAAAGUACAGUAAUUUUAUUUCUUUUUUUUAAAAAGAAAGGUAUCUUUCUAAAAACAUGUACUAACUUACUUUUCCCCAGGAGCUUUUUCUUCCAUUGAGGAGAUCCCAGAGAACAUUGUGCAUGACCAUGAGAAGAAUGGUUUGCCACGCUUAUCUUCCUUCAGUGACUCAGAAAUUCAAGAGCGGUAGGUGAUAAACUUUAGCUUAACUUGGUGUCUGAACUGAACAGAUGUCUUGUUUUGAAAAGCCACACUUAACCAAAUUAAGUGGCGUGUAUGAAAAGUAAGCAUGCUGAAAGGAAAGGUAACCCAUGUUGACCUCUAAGGCAGAAUCUUUUUUAUGCUAACCAAAAUGUCACAUGAUAGUGCACACGCUUUUGAGUGAUCCAGAACAUUAUUAGGCUAUAUAUAGCCUUACAUAUAAAGGUAAAGGGUAAAGGGACCCCUGACCAUUAGGUCAAGUCGUGACCAACUCUGGGGUUGCGGCGCUCAUCUUGCUUUAUUGGCCGAGGGAGCCGGCGUGUGUCUGCAGACAGCUUCCGGGUCAUGUGGCCAGCAUGACUAAGCCGCUUCUGGCGAACCAGAGCAGCAUAAUAAUAAUAAUAAUAAUAAUAAUAAUAAUAAUAUUUAUUUAUAUCCCGCCCUCCCCAGCCGAAGCCGGGCUCAGAGCGGCUAACAUCAAAUGUAUAACACAUUAACAUAAAAUCAGACAAUCAAUUAAAAUACAUCCUCAAAUCAGAUCAGGAUCAGAAUAAAAUCCAAUCAGAUGGCAACCUGCAGAUUAGGGCUGGGGACCUUAAAUGCUCACCAGGCCCAACUGUUUGUGCUGAGCUUAUAUGGGCCUGUGAGAAAAAUUGGGAGGCCACUUUCAUGCAAGUUCUUAUGAAAGGGGAGAGGGAGUCAGACUGAACCCCGACCAAAGGCCUGGCAGAACAGCUCCGUCUUGCAGGCCCUGCGGAAAGAUGUCAAGUCCCACAGGGCCCUAGUCUCUUGUGACAGAGCGUUCCACCAGAUUGGAGCCACAGCCGAAAAAGCCCUGGCUCUAGUUGAGGCCAGCCUAACAUCUCUGUGGCUUGGGACCUUCAGGAUGUUUUCAUUUGAAAACACUACCGCUAUGCUGUCACAUUUGGGACAUGGGUGGCACUGUGGUCUAAACCACUGAGCCUCUUGAGCUUGCCGAUCGUAAGGUUUGCAGUUUGAAUCCGUGCAAUGGGGUGAGCUCCUGUUGCCUUGUCCCAGCUCCUGUCAACUUAGCAGUUCUAAAGAAUACCAGUGCGAGUAGAUAAAUAGGUACCGCUGCGGCGGGAAGGUAAACGAUGUUUCUGUGUGACCUGGCUUCCAUCACGGUGUCCUGUUGCACCAGGAAUGGUUUUGUCAUGCUGGCUACAUGACCCGGAAAGCUGUCUGCAGAAAAAUACCAGCUCCCUUGGCCUGAAAGCAGAGAUGAGCACCGCACCCCAUAGUCGAAUUCAACUGGACUUAACCGUCCAGGGGUCCUUUACCUUUAUCUGCUGUUGCAUUCACACAUGCAAGUUACCAUUUGCUGCUGCAGCCAUCAAGUGAGGAACAUGCAUGUGUGGACCAUUGCUUAUUUUAUUUAGCUUUGUGAAUUUCCAGCAGAUAACAAAUUCUUAAAAUUGCCACUUACAACUUGUUUCCUCUUUUUCUUACCUAUUUCAGGCUGAAAUUAUACUUCAAGUUCCUUAUCGUAAGAGAUCCGUUCGAGAGGCUUAUUUCUGCAUUCAAAGACAAGUUUGUCCGCAAUCCUCGUUUUGAACCUUGGUAUAGGCAUGAAAUUGCUCCCGGCAUCAUUCGAAAAUAUAGAAAGAAUCGCACUGAGACCAGGGGGCUGCAGUUUGAGGACUUCGUGCGCUACUUGGGUGAUCCAAAUCAUCGGUGGCUAGAUAUACAAUUUGGAGACCGCAUCAUUCAUUGGGUGACCUACGUGGAACUUUGUGCCCCCUGUGAAAUAACAUACAGUGUAAUUGGACAUCAUGAAACCUUGGAAGAGGAUGCACCAUACAUCUUGAAGGAAGCUGGAAUAGACCAUCUGGUGUCUUAUCCUACUAUUCCGCCGGGGAUAACACUGUAUAACAAAACUAAGGUGGAACGCUAUUUCUCGGGAGUUAGCAAGAGGGACAUCCGCCGCCUUUAUGCCCGUUUUGAAGGUGAUUUUAAUCUUUUUGGCUACCCAGAGCCAGAUUUCCUACUCAACUGACACCUAGGAACUGUGGAUGAAUGAGUAUAGUUGAUUAAAGUGUACAAAAUAAUAUUCUGCGUAACUGAGAUGGUACUGUAUCUUUUGUAGGUUUCAGAAACUUGUUCCUUAUAUCUGUUGGAAGAUUUGCUAUGUAGGAGCAACUAGGGAUUGCAAAUCGCUAGCUACUGAAAAUAGUUUUUUAAUACAUGGCACUGCAAUAUGUUAAAAGCAAAACUUGUUAAGAUAGAAAAUGUCAAACGUUCCUCUUUCCCUUAACCAACAGAGGAUGGACCAGUAAUCUAUAAAUGAACUUGAAAGUGAUUGCAUUUAUAAAGAACAUUUAAAGAGGGAGGCAGCUUUCUCUAGAGUUCAUGGGCUAAGGCCCUGAAUAUGAAACUUGGAUGUCAACAUGGGACCAAGCAUUGGAAAGCAUUUUAUCAAUGAGGAAAAGACUUCCAGAUUCUGAUGUCAAUCUGAAGGUCUUUUUUCUUGGGUUCCUUUGCCAUAGCCUUAUGAUAGCAGUGACUAACCAUUCAAGUCAAACAGUUGGGCAUUUUUCACUGACAACCUUUGAGGUCAUAGGAGAUCAGAAAUCUUCUGCAAGUGAAGCUACAGAUCCUACUUGUUAAAAAUGUGGGGAAAUUAAAAACGUGAUGUUUCUUGUAUACGCUUGAGUGACUUGGGUACCAUUACUGCUACCAAGCCCACAUGUGUCCCUGACCACAUAUUCAGUGUGAGCACACAAGCAAGCACCUCAGACGCGAAAUUAUUCAACAACUUGAGCCAAAGUCACAGUGUGCCGUGGAGACAGUGCCUUGUACUUUGGCCACAAAGGGGAAAUAGCAGUAUGUAGAUGCACAUAGUCCCUCUUUGGAUGAAAGCAGAGGUUGCAUUUGGAUAGAGAGAACAGCAAGAUCAGGGAAAACAGCAGAGAAGCUGCAAUGUUGAAGCAUUAAUAAUUACCUGUUACAAAGCCAGGGGAAAGAGUAAUUUCCUGUGAUUUCACAGUGAGUGGAGAGUUUGGAGUUCUAGAUGGAUGCCAAGGUGGUUGGGAUGAUUGACACCCUGGCUCUGAGAUAACAUGCAAGCAAGCAGGAAAAAGACUAUGUUGGGGGACCAAAGACAAAAGGCCUUUGUAGGGUGUGUUGAGUCCCAAAUGGUGCAGUACUCAAGCAAGCAAUCUGGGUUCUUCUGGAACCCUCCCAAAAUGGCUAAAGGGAUAUGACACCAGGCUUUAGGAUCCUGAAGAAGAUGACAAAAAUUGAGGCGAGGCAAGGAACAGGGUAGAGGAGGCAGGGAAGCCAGCAACCCGUUGGAAUCUGAACCAAUUGAACUGUGUGUCCACUUGGGGACAAGAACUUAAAAGGUUCUGUUUCUUGUGGGUGCAGGGUUACCUGAAUCAAAUGGGAAGAUUGCAAAUCUGGCUGAAAGACGCAUAUGUUUCCAAAACAAGGUGUAUUUGCAUGAAAUGAGAAGAGGCAGGAUGCUUUUAAGUCUGUUCCCUCCACUCCUCAGGGCAGUUAGGGGUAAACUUAGAGGUGUGUGUAAGAUUGAAUGCCAAGUUUGAAAGUACUGGUUGCAAAAAUGCUGAACCAAGGUGAUGGACCGGUCUUAAGAAAUGCAGCAUGGACAGUACUUCUUGGAAUUGCACUUUAGUUCCCACCUUAAGCUAAUGAACAGCCAAAUUGAGCUGCAUGCCUGCAUUGGCUGUGUCCAGCCAGAGUGAGGCAUUUGUAACUAUUCUGGGCCCUUGUUUCCCAUGGUAAUGAGAUGGAGCCUAAGUUGUGUUAGGGAGGGGAGCUCGUGUACACUUUGUAUAAUCAUUUGUAGAGCAAAGCUGAAGGAGUCAAAAGUGAGGCUGAACACCUUGGUGAAAGAUACCUAAUGUGCAUUUGCAGGGUUUGGUAAACAUGUGCAUUUUGCCAUUCUUAAUUUUAUUUAUUUUUAAAUGGUGCUGGCUAUCCUAAUGAUCGCACAAGCCGUGAAACUUUUAGAGUGCUGCCAAAGUAAAUUGGAUCAAUAUUCCGUUCAAACCAGGUAUCGUCGCGUCUCCUGGGACCAAUUCCCAUGCAUGCAGUGGGGCAGUGGGCCUCCCUUAAGAUCUCCACUGCAUGUGCAACACUAACAUAGUAUUGUAAGAUUUAAUGUCCGAUAUUCAUAUCUUUACAGUAUAAAAAAAGGAUGGUAAGACUCAGAAAUGGAUGUUGAUGAACAUGUGCAUACAGUGGUGCCUUGCAAGACGAAAUUAAUCCGUUCCGCGAGUCUCUUCGUCUAGCGGUUUUUUCGUCUUGCGAAGCAACCCUAUUAGCGGCUUAGCGCUAUUAGAGGUUUAGUGGCUAUUAAAGGCUUAGCGGCUAAAAGGCUAUUAGUGGCUUAGCGGCUUAGAAAAAGGGGGGGGGGAAACGAAAAAAAUCUCAAGACUCACAAGACAUUUUCGUCUUGCGAAGCAAGCCCAUAGGGAAAUUCGUCCUGCGAAGCGCAUCGAAAAACGGAAAAACCUUUCGUCUAGCGGGUUUUUCGUCUUGCGAGGCAUUCGUCUUGCGGGGCACCACUGUAUUUUGUCACACUGAGUUAUAUACACAGAGGGGCUGCCCAGGUGCACUGGCAGGGGGGUGCACCGCCCCCGGCACCAUCGAGGAGGGGGGUACCAUCACGACCACCCCCCGGACACGUGCCACGCCCCCGCAGGCAGCGUGCCACGCCCCCGGGAUGCACACCACCUCUCUGCCCCCGGUGCCAGAGCAUGUAGCUUUGCCACUGCCCAGGUGCAAGCAUGAUAUUUCCAGAACUGAAUGUGUAAAUUGACCCUUUCAGCAGGCAGAUUUGUUGCAUCAGGGGGGAGAAUCCAAAUUCCUAAUCUUUCCACAAAAGAGCCCUGUCUGUUUUUUAAUAUACUUUAGGGUCUUCCCCCCCACUUCCAUAUGAAUAACUGGCAAAAUUCACCGGGACUAUAAAGAGAUGUUCUGUCUGUGUAAUAUACAUGUACUGAACAACAACAAUAAUACUUCUGAUUUGUGCUUGUGUUGUCAUUGUCCAUAAGAGGCAACUUUUUCAUUUUAUUUUUAGGUUCACCAGCAAUAAUAAUAAUAAUCUCCUGUUGAUCAGCUUUGCUCCACUGUGAUGCCAGGAGAAAGGAAUAGUUGCAUUUUAGCUUUCAGUGGGUCAAAAGUUGAUUUUGGUCAACACAAUUUUGACACUUGACAUAAAUGUUGAAAUCCUGCUAUAGUACUGUCUUAACUUGAUUGGCCAGGAGUAGUCAGAAUGGUGAGAAAAUUGAGAAAAACCUCCAUGUCUUCUCGUAAGAUGUGUUUUGCAAACUUGAAGAAAAAAAAAAUCAGUGCCAAAACUGCUGCUUCCCAUAUAUUCUGUGAGCUGGAUCUGUUGCCAGUGGGAAUCUUCUAAAGACUUGAGAGCCAUUCUAUAUAUUGCACAACGAUUGAGAUGACAGAGUUCUACACUAUAUACCACUUCAGACAUUAGGUUGGGAAUAGCUAUAUUUUUCUUUGCACCCUUGUAUAAUAAUAAUAAUACUCCCUGAAGAGAGCACGUUUGGAGCAGGGGAUGGUUUAGUUUCACUUCUUCCUGGUGAUAGUUUUCUAUAGCUGAUAGCUGGCUGGGUUUGAUGGGAAUUGGAGUCCACAACAUCGGGGGGCUGCCAUGUUAGUUCCCUCUGUUGUAAUGUGUAGAAUGGCUCCAGUUUAUUGGAGGAGAAUUAAGGGCUCUUUCUGACAUGGAAAUUUCUCCCACAGAGAUCUCUCGCCUGUGUAGGAAAACCAUAUGCACGUUUGUGUGCGCAGUGGGGAUGUACAUCUAUAUUGCCAUGUUUGUACGCACAUGCAAUUUCCUACACAGAAGUAAUAUCCAUGCCAGGAAAUAAUUGCAUGUGAAGCUGCCCUUAGUUACCGUUGAUAACAAGAGAUAUGUCCAAGAUGGCAAAGCUUGAAGCGCUCUUGUCAUUUUUUGGGGGGUGGGAGUGGGGUGGGGGGGCACAUUUACAAGAUCUAAAGUAUACAAUAGGUCUUAACUGAUGUUUAAAAGAUGUAACAGCUCAGUUAUUUUUAUACGACGUGUUAGAAAAUAAAUUGCAAUUCAGGACUAAUGAGCUGAUCAAGUUACCUUUCUGCUGAAUUAAAAUGUAACAAUGUGAGAAAUGUAUAGCAAAAUAAGGCCUUAAAGCUAAUUCU